UAUUAUGGUUAGAAAAAGUUUAAGUGAUAAAUUGAAUAUUAUUAACCAACUCGAGGAAGGUAAAAAACCAAUUGAUUUAGUUGGUGAAUACUUUAUAAAUGAAAGCCAAAUAUGUAAAUGGUACAAUCAGAAAGAUGAGAUUGGUAAUUUAAUCAAAGGUAUUUAUUUUGAUCAUGGAGCUUUUAAUUAGUAAUAAGAAUUGAUUAUCUCUAUCAACAGCUAAUAAAACAAUGGCUUCUAGAACUCGGUUACCUAAUAAAGACAAAUUUACCAAAUUAGAUCAAGUGAUGAAGGAAUAUUGUCAAUUGUGUAUUAACAAAGGUUUCAAUUUCAACUCGUUGGUUAUAAAAGCAAAGGCAAGAUUAGAGGCUAAUAAAUUAGGUAUUAUUGGAUUCAGAGGAUCAAGAACUUGGUUUCAAAAAUUUACAUUGAGAAACAACUUAACUUAUGUCAGAAUCUCAGGAGAAUCAAAGUCUGUUGAUGAUUCGGUUCUAGCUAAUUACUUAUCAUCUUUGCCUGAGAAAUUAGCUAAUUAUUCACCUGAUGAAAUCUACAACGCAGAUGAGACUGGACUUCAAUACAAAUGUCAGAAUUCAUAUUCAUAUUCUUUCCAAACUGAUGAUCGACAUGGAACUAAAUCACUAAAGAAUCAUGUUUCUAUUUUAUUAUGCGCAAGUUUAUCAGGUAUCAAGAGAAAGCCAUUGAUUAUUGGAUCAGCUAGAAAAUCUAUCGAAAUUUGGAAAAAAUGGUUAGUUGAUUGGGACCAAGAAUUAGUUAAGGAUGAAAAGAAAGUUUUGUUAUUUAUUGAUAAUUGUUCCUGUCAUAAUAACUUACCUAAUUUGAGUAAUUUAAAAGUAGAAUUUUUUCCUUCUAAUUGUACCUCAAUAUGUCAACCACUAGAUGCAGGAAUUUUUGCAAUUUUAAGAAUCAUUAUCGCAAUAAUGUUAAUCUCAAAAUUAAUCACUACUGAUGCCUCUGUAAAUGAACUUCUCAAUUCAAUUAAUUUAUUACAUGUAGUUGAAUGGUCAUCUGAAGCUUGGGAAAGUGUCACACAAUUAACAAUAACUAAUUGUUUCGAUAAAUGUGGUUUCAUUAAAUAA